AAGCCUAUUGCCUUUAUUUCCUAUUUACUUUUCUUUCUGUUGUCUAAACCUUCGAAGAGGAACCAAAAAAAUUGAAUUACUCAUCCAAUUUGUUGAACAAUUAUGGAGAAGCCUUAAACAUCUGUUACUGUAACUCAGCGAUUUGAUGUUGACGAUGAUAAUCGUUGCGCUCAUCACCGUCAUACUUUUUGGAUUCUGCAUUGCUCCAGUCAACGGCAGGCGGCGGAGGAACAGAGCCGUCGGAUUCUUUCAUCCGUAUACUAACGACGGCGGCGGCGGGGAGAGGGUGCUCUGGUGCGCCGUCAGAGGCAUCCAAGAGGAGAUCCCUGACCUUGACUGCUGUAUCUACACCGGAGAUCAUGACUCCACCCCUCAGUCGCUGAUGGCUCGAUCCCUAGAUCGCUUUGGGGUCACGCUCCUCUCUCCUCCAAAGGUGGUUCAUUUGUACAAGAGAAAGUGGAUCGAAGAAACCACUUAUCCGCAUUUUACAAUGAUUGGUCAAAGUCUGGGUUCCAUGUAUCUUGCUUGGGAGGCUUUGUGCAAGUUUACUCCUGUAUAUUACUUUGACACAAGUGGAUAUGCUUUUACAUAUCCACUUGCCCGGUUGUUUGGAUGUAAAGUUAUUUGCUAUACACAUUAUCCCACUAUCAGUUCAGACAUGCUAUCUCGUGUUCGUGAUCGCAGCCUGAUGUAUAAUAAUGAUGUCUUAAUUACCAAAAGUGUUUGGCUUUCAAGAUGCAAAAUAGUCUAUUAUACAUUCUUCAGCUGCUUGUAUGGGAUUGUAGGAUCAUGUGCACACCUUGCUAUGGUCAAUUCAUCUUGGACCAAAUCCCAUAUUGAAAGUCUUUGGAGAGUUCCAGGUCGUAUUAAGCGAGUAUAUCCUCCUUGUGAUACUUCAGGACUCCAGGUACUUCCCUUGGAACGAUCAGCAGAAAUUCCUGUAAUAAUAUCUGUUGCGCAAUUUCGACCGGAGAAGGCACACACUCUCCAACUUGAGGCUUUUUCAGCUGCCAUUAAAAGAUUAGAUCCUACCUUACCAAAACCUAAGUUCCAAAUUGUAGGUAGCUGUAGAAAUAAGUCAGAUGAUGACAGACUUCAAAUGUUAAAAAAGAAAGCAAUUGAGCUGAAUAUUAGUGAACAAGUGGAAUUUCACAAGAAUGUAACAUACAGAGAUUUGGUGGGACUUUUAGGGGGUGCUGUUGCUGGGAUUCAUUCGAUGACAGAUGAGCAUUUUGGCAUUAGUGUUGUAGAAUACAUGGCUGCCGGUGCUAUCCCAAUCGCUCAUAAUUCUGCUGGCCCAAAAAUGGACAUUGUGCUAGAUGAAGAUGGACAGCAAACAGGAUUUCUUGCCUGCACUGUUGAAGAAUAUGCAGACGCCAUUGUGAGGACAGUAACAAUGUCGGAGACAGAGAGACUUAAGGUGGCUGCAGCUGCAAGGAGAAGGGCAAGGAGAUUUUCUGAACAGAGGUUUUAUGAUGACUUCAAAGCUGCAGUGCGUCCUAUCCUGUGUCAUGUUUCUAGGUGAUGUUCUAGCAUCAAAUUAGCAUGAUUGUAACAUGAGAAUAUACACCGAGAAUUUUGUUACGGAAAAAGUUAAACUUUUGUUA